GGAAGAAGCGGGGGGGAGGACAGGGCCCUGCCCACCCGUAGGGCCACGGGGCCCCUCCUAGGGCCUCCAGAGCGCCAUGGCGAGGUCGGCACGGAUCGGAUUGGAUCGACUGCAGCAGCGCUCGGCGCAGCAUUCGCGCUCGCUGUACGAGGAGCCGCCCGGGGACGAUUCGGCCGGUGUCGCCCUCUCGACCUCACCGCCGCAGCCGCCGGGCUCGGGGCGCUGAGAUUCCACACCACCACCACCACCCCACGCCGCCGCCCGCUGCCGCUGCCGCCGUGGUCGUGAGCCGAUGCCUCGGCCCGCAGCAGCAGCAGCAGCCGCAGCAGCAGCAGCUCCACUCACUCGCCAACCUUGAAGUGUUUGGGGGGGGGGGGGGGGGCGCCACCGCUCCUGCUGCCCGUCAUUGGAGGAGGGCGCGGCACGUGACUGGCGCCGCCAAUGUUAUUUGAUAAGGGUGUCAAGACCUUGUCACGAAAAGAAAUAAAUUCCCCGCAACACCGAGAUGCAAAAAGCGACCUACUACAAUAACAAUUCCGGUGUGUUCGGCGGGUGCUCCUACCAGGGGGGAGGCACUUUCGCCUUUGGCGCCGCUCAGCAGCAGCAGCAACAUCAUCAGCAGCAGCAGCAACCCCAGCAGCAGCAACAGCAACAUCAUCAGCAGCAGCAGCAGCAAGCUGCCUACCCACCACCAUCUGUUGAGAAUGACUACCACCGCUUUGCGUGCUCGCUGCAGACCCCGGCUAGCGGGGGCUCGGUGCUCAAGCCGGGCGAGCCCAAUGGGAGCUGCAUGCAGGCCGUGGGCCGCACCUCCGUGCAGCAGGGGCCGGCGCUCGCCGACCCCCGGCAGCAGCAGCAGGCCCCCCAGCAGCCCCCCCAGCCUCGAGCACCGUCCCACACGCCGUCGCUGUCGCCCCCCGCGAGUAGCAGCGGCGGCGGUGGCGGCGGCGGCGCCACGCUGGCCACGUCCGGCUCCGGCAAGGCUCCGGGCGGCUCCCCGCAAGCCUCGAAGGCGGCCGUGGGCAAGCACAUCUUCCCGUGGAUGAAGGAGAGCCGCCAGAACUCCAAGCAGAAGGGGGCCGGCGGCGGCGGUGGCGGGGGCGGUGGGGGCAGCGGGGGCAGCGGGGGCGGCGGAGCGAACAGCGCCGGCACCGGAGCCACGAACAACAGCAACAGCUCUCCCGUCACAGGUGAUGAAUCGGAGGACAAAAGCCCCUUUGGCCUGUCAGCGUCGAAGCGCGCCCGCACCGCCUACACAAGCGCCCAGCUAGUUGAACUUGAAAAGGAAUUCCACUUUAACCGUUACCUCUGCCGCCCUCGACGAGUUGAAAUGGCCAACCUACUUAACCUCACCGAGAGGCAGAUCAAGAUAUGGUUUCAAAACAGGCGGAUGAAAUACAAAAAGGACCACAAGUCAAAAGGCGUCGGCAGCUCUCCCGGGAGCCAGUCGCCCACGGAGAGCCCCCCGUUGCACGUGUCCGGCCUUGGCGGCUUCCCCAACCCCGUGCACGGCAUGGGCGUUGGCUCAUCGGUCUACGACACGGGUUCCCCGACCUCCUUCCCCGGGCAGCAACAGCAGCAACAACAACAACAGCAGCAGCAGCAGGGUGCCUACAACAUCGCCGACCAAUACUGCGGGCCCCUGAACAACGGGCCGCCCAUGAACACCUUCCAGGGCAACCACAAGCGCUACGCGGGCACACCAAUGCCCCACCAGGACUUCCACGACCAUUAUCAGGGCAACAACGGCAGCUACGGCGACCCGGGCCUGCAGGAGGGCGCAGUGUACGGAGGAGGAGGAGGGGGUGGUGGCGCAGGAGUAGUAGGAGGAGGAUACGUGGAUAGCAUGGGGGGCCCCGUGUUCAAUGUGCCCCACCUCCCGCAUCCAUCAUCCGCCAGCAUGGGCCUCGCCAGCCCGUCCCAGAUGGCCGGCGGCCAUCUUGUAAGACCAUGUGAUUCCCACAGCACGUACACGGACCUGUCGUCUCAUCACCACCCGACUCAGGAAGUCCCCAGACUCACUCAUCUGUAGCGAACAGAGAGCGAGCGAGAGGAGAGGGAGGAGGAGAGAGCAGGACCGCCCGCCCGGCCGCCCGUCCGUCUGUCCGUCUGUUUUGAGAGCUGCUUUACCUCGGGUUGCCCCCCCCCCCCCCGUGACUUGUGUUGUCACUGUGUGAGUGCGUGUGUGUGAGAUGUUGUGUGUAAGGGGAGCGGUUGCCUAGUGGUCAGCGCCCCGCGCUACGAACCGCGCUCACGGCCACCAAAAGCAGUGAUGAUUAUAUCUGAACCGAUGCUGGGACUCCCCUAGGUCAACUCAGCCUCAAAUACGUACCCGGUGCGUAAACAUCACCGCUAGGGAGACAAAGGCGGCCGGGUUGUGGAGUUGGCCACCCCCCCCCCCCCCCUCGUGUGCCGUGCCGGGCCUUCAUAGGUACUCGCUAAACAGCACUUGCCCCAACAGUAUAUCAAGGCUAUACGGGGGACCUUUGUCUUUGUGUGCACAUUGGAAAAAGUCGCGCACUCCACACCCACCCACCCCGGGGGUUCGCCUACAGGCGCACAUGGAGACGCAGGCACGGUGCACACAGACACACAGACACACACACAGACACAAGGACACACAGACACACACAGACACAAAGCACGCAGACACAAGGACACACAGGCACACACAGACACAAGGACACACAGGCACACACAGACACAAGGACACACACACACAAACACAAGGACACACAGGCACACACAGACACACACAGACACAAGGACACACAAACACAAAGCACGCAGACACAAGGACACACAGGCACACACAAGGACAGGGCACACAGGCACAAAGCACACAGACACAAGGACACACAGACACACACAGACACAAGGACACACACAGACACACACAGACACAAGGACACACAGACACACACAGACACAAGGACAGGGCACACAGACACAAAGCACGCAGACACAAGGACACACAGACACACACAGACACAAGGACAGGGCACACAGACACAAAGCACGCAGACACAAGGACACACAGAUACACACAAACACAAUGACACAGACACACACAGACACAAGGGCACACAGACACAAAGCACGCAGACACAAGGACACACAGACACAAGGACAGGGCACAUAGACACAAGUAUACAGGGUACACACACAAGGACACAGGGCACAGAGACACGAGUAUACAGGGGCCCACAGACACAAGGAUACAGGCACACACACAAGGACACCCAGGACAUACACAGACACAAGUAUACAGGGACACAGACACAAAGCACAAAAACGCGCACGGUGCUCCAGGGGCACAGACACAGUACACGUGCGAUGAAAUACGCAAACACAGUACACGAUACCGCAGACAAGUACGCGCAAAGUACACGUACACAGUACACAGACGAGCAGCACGUAGACACGCAGACAGGGGCACAGGUACGCGUGUGAAGUACACAGGGAAUGCAGUACAAGUACACGGCUGCACAGUGCAUAGAUAAGUACACAAAUGAGAGAAGUACACAUACAAGUACAACAACCACAGAGCACGUGGGCACACAGGUGCACAUUAAAGUAACCAGAAGCAUUUGAAAAGGCACCCAGAGAAGUACAUCGGAACGGAUAAGUACACAAGAAAAUAGAUAAGCACACAGUGCACUGCUCUAUGGCACAGGCACAUAAAGUACGCAGGAAUUCAUAACACAUGCGCAUCAAGUACACACGUGUACACAAACACAAAGUACAAAUCCAUAAUAUAGGUUUGUUUGGGGGUUAGAUCGCGACACGUUUAUAUUUACGCGAUCUAACUAACAAAAAAGCCUAUAUUAUAGAUACUGGUCGCGAAAUCCUACAUGUUAAUCCGACAAAGUACACCGACGCCCAGACAUACAUAAUAUCUAGUACUUGGGUACACAGACGCGCAGACAAGUACACAGGCCAUAGACUACAAUGUACACAGGCUCACAGUGCACGGGCACACAGACACGUGCAUCUGUACACUGAUAAGUACACUGCCUCGCAGUAGUAGUAGACACAGUAACAUAGACACUGGGUUCAAGUACUCGGAGAGGAAACACAUGCUUCGGAAACAUAGACUCUGUGCGCAACACAGACACUGCACAUCACAGGUACCUGGACAAUACAUGGCCACGAAGUACAGUACAAUAUCGUAUACACGCAGACUUUGCGCGAGACGAGCGCACAGUGCACAGAUACGCGUGGUGUACACAUACGUCUACAGAUACACGGUGUAUAGGCAGGCACGUGGAGCGUAUACACGGGGUAUAUAGUACGCACACACUUGUACACACACAAACAAAUAUCUCCCCCCCGGUAUAGCCUUAGCAUACCUAUGGGGCAACUGUUCGCGAGCACCAGUGAAGGCUGGAACGGCACACGAAGUAUAUGGUGUGGCCGGGAAAUCUCUCCCGGACGCCUUUGUCUUCCCGGUGGUGAUGUUUACACAUCGCACUAAUUUGAGGUGGAGUCGACCUAGGGGAGACCCACGACUGGUUCAGAUGAUAAUCGUCGUCGCUGGUUUAGGCCGAGAGCGGGGACUCGAACUCGGGUGGCAAGGGUUCGUAGUGCAGCGCGCUAACCGUUGCACCACCGCUCCCCACUCACACACACACGCGCGUACGUACGUACACACAAUCACCGCGUGUACACAUAUAUAACAAACAUACACUUGUACACAGACGCAGGGUGCACACAGGAGUGGAACACAGACACUCGUACACAAAGGGGUUAACACAACAGACAUGACACAUGGUAUACUACUCUAUACAGACAUCGGAUGCACACUUAGACGUGUACACAUAUCCGUACGGUGGAGACACGCACGGGAAUGAAACACACGCAGCUCGCAUGCGAACGCAGAUAUGGUACACAACCACCUGUACACAAUAACAACACGGCGGGGAACAUUGGCGCGGUGUACAGAUAAUGAUGCACUCGUGUACACAACCACGGCACGCACGCGAAGGACGUUUUACUUCGUACGGGGACACUCGCCUUUACACACAGAGACAUGCCACGCGGACACACGGCACACGGACACAGGGUACGACGUAGUUGUGCGAGCGUACGCGUGGCUCAACAGAUAGGGGACACUGGAGACACCGUCCGCAGACACGCCCCGAGUACACUCAGAGACAGAGUACACGGACACGUGGCAUACACACACUUGCUACACAGACACCACGCAUAGGCUCACGCGCGUGUACAUAGAUAUUUUACGAAGAUACAGGGUACAAAGCGACAGGGUACGCAGGCACAUUUGUGCACACGUCAUAUAUCUGGUACACAAGACGCGCGUGUACGCAUAGAGUUUCGCAGAUACACAUUUGUAUACGCAGAGAAUUUGUACACACGCAGACACACACACACACCUGUACACACGUGUGUGUGUGUGUACACAGCCACGCCCGUGUGCUCAGAGAGAGAGAGAGACGGAGGGAGGAGGCGAUGAGACCCCCGUAAGCCUCGAGUCGCGACCAACUUCCAUCCGCACGAGUCCAGGAAAGGGAGGGGGGGGGUCCCGUAAUGCGCAAAGACAAUUGAAGUGAUUAUUUAUUUAAAUAUCAUGUAGGAAUGUCUAGAAGCUAAAACCAGCGAUGCAUUGCACUUUCUUUACAUCGUGGUUGAUCGUACGCAAUCAAUUAUUAUCGACAACGUGAACUUGUCAGCUGCUCGCGUGGAGGUGGUGGUUGGUGGUGGUUGGUGGUGGUGGUGGUUGAUGUUGGAGAGAGAGAGAGAGUUCAAGCCCUGGCUGUAGUACGGAGGGUUCAGCAGAAGCCGGUAGCUCCCAUCGCGAGGCGAGCGUGUGUCACGUCUCUGAGCGAUGCCUUUCAGUAUUUCAUUUCGUACAUUGGCUGCCGAGUUGCAGUUUGUUUUUUUUUCGUUGGGGAGGGGGGGGGGUUGCUUUUGUAACGUCGAGAUCACGUUGCUUUGAUUAUGUGAGGGUAUAGUGUUCUUAUCCGUCUAUUUAAUGUAUAUAGACCCGGUGUUUUACCAAGAUGAAUUAGGUAGCUUUGUGGUUUUAGGUGAACGUCCGGUCUCAUUUAGGGAGGGGACUCGGACCAAACAAGUUAAGAAACGGAACCUUUUUCUAUGAAUUCCCCCCCCCCUUCCCUCCCUCGCCCCCCCCCCCCACACUUUUGA